AUGACAAAACCCAACGGUUACUUUUCUUUUUCCAUUGCUUCCUAUGGGUUCUCAAAGGGUCACAUGCUUUAUCCAGCCAGGGGUAAAUCAGUCACUUCGCUGUCAACUCAGGGUCUGGUCAAAUUUUCAAAUUUCUCCACAACUACAGUUGUGCUGAUUGUUUUUGGUGCGUUGCAGAAAAAAGAGAAGGCGAAGAAUGAGGCUGAGAAGAUGCCUGACUCGGGAGGAAAGCAAAACGACGGAAUCGCCCGUGUCGUUUUGAAACUCGAAAUGCAUUGCGAGGGAUGCGUCAAGAAGAUCAAACGCGCCGUUCGCAAUUUCGACGGUGUGGAAGACGUUAAGGCGGAUCUAUUAGGUAACAAGUUAACGGUUAUUGGGAAAGUCGACCCUGCCUUAGUGCGAGAUAAGCUAGCGGACAAAACUAAGAAGAAGGUCGAAAUUAUUUCUCCUCAACCUAAGAAAGAGUCCGCCGUCGGAGGCAAGCCACCGGAGAAGAAUACGAAAGAGGAAACAACAGAGAAGAAACCGGCAGAUAAGAAAACCGAAGAAAAAUCUCCGAAACAGAGCACUGUGGUUUUGAAGAUCCGAUUACACUGUGACGGUUGCAUCCAGAAAAUUCGAAAGAUUAUGCUCAAGAUCAAAGGGAUUGAAUCGGUUAACAUAGAGGGAGGGAAGGAUUUGGUGAACGUAAAGGGGACGAUGGAGGAGAAGGAAUUGGUAGCGUAUUUGAACGAAAAGCUGAAGCGGAACGUUGAGGUGGUCCCACCUAAGAAAGAGGGCGAACAGAAAGAGGAUAAUAAGAAAGAGAAAGAAAAGAAGGAAGGUGAUGGUGAUAAGAAAGUGGGUGGUAAAAAAGAAGAGGGGGCACCGAAGGUUGAGGUUAACAAAAUGGAGCACUACGGGUACGCGUAUCCACCUCCUCCUAUGUAUUGGUACGAUGGAUACACACCAGGGCAAAGUAGUAGUAGUAGUAGUGGUGGUGGUUACACGGUAGAGGCUCAACCAGGGUAUUCGAAUCAAGGGUAUGAUGGUAAUUACCCGAAUUACCAUGAUCAAUACCAGCAUGGGUAUGUGAACCAAGGGUACAUGGUACAACCGCAACCACCACCCCCGUUCUACUUGAACCCUCACUAUCCUCCACCGCAGAUGUUCAGUGAUGAGAAUCCCAAUGCUUGUAUCGUGAUGUGA